CUUCUUACAAGUUGGAUUAAAGGUCUGUUGUUCUCUUUUCAUCAUGAAGCUUUAUGGAGUUCUGCUUCUGUUGGUGACUCUGUCUGCAGCAUAUGGAUUGAAAUGCUACUACUGCGUAACCUCCGACCCCAAAGCCUGCACCUCGAUCGGAACUUGUGUUUCUGGCUUAGACCGCUGUGCCACACUCGAGAUGAAUGGUGUCACCAUCAAGGGCUGCGAAAGUAGUGACAGUUGUAUCAGCCCUAUAAAAUGCUGUCAAGGGGAUUUGUGUAACGGUGUUAUACCCACUGGAUCCAGUGUUCUCCUCCUGCUGGUAUCCUCCAUCAUCGCAGUCUUUCUCUGAGAUUCUGGAGAUUCUUUUACAUUUUUCUUACCCAAUCUGUACAACUCAGGAAGAAUAAACACAUUCUCAAUGUGAAAACUGCAGAUCAAGAAUUGUUCAAUAAAACCACAAUAUG